CUUCUGUACAUUCGCUUUAUUUCCUCGUUCAUUACCACCCGGUACACCAUUCAUCCUGCCAUGAGAACCGCCGUAGCCGUUUUGGGUGCUGCAACUCUUUGCUCCGCAUCCGUCAACACUACAGAGGAAGGUCUUAUCACCAAUGGACUUGUGUCUCUCGGAGAUUGGCAGACUGCCUUCAACAAAGCUCAGAACUUCGUCUCGCAGCUCACAGUCGAGGAAAAGAUUACUAUCAUUGGAGCUGGAUCUCUCUCCGACGGUUCAGCCAAUUGGACAGCCCUUGCUCAGUCUGAUGGUCCACAAGGGGCGGAAAACUUCUAUUAUGAAAGCGCGUUCUCCAUGACUUGUGCGCUGGCUAUGACUUGGGAUAAAGAUGCUGUCUACAAGCAAGGUAAAGCUGUAGCCACCGAAUUUUACCAAAAGGGACUGCAGCUCUUGGCCGGACCCGUGUCCAACCCCAUGGGCAGAACAGCUUGGGGCGGUCGAAAUGGCGAGUCGUUCGGACCCGACAGUUACUUCAAUGGAAUCCUUGGUGGUAUCAGCGCUAGAGCCUAUCGAGCUGGUGGUGUCAUUGCAGGUGGCAAGCACUUCAUCCUAUAUGAGCAAGAAACCAACCGCAGCUCUUCAAGUGGCGGUAUGGGUGGAGUUAUGGGGAGCGGCUCUAUGUUCUCUGGCUCUGCUCUCUCAAGCUCUGCUCCCUCAGGCUCUGCUCCCUCAGGCUCUGCUCCGUCCGGCAUGACCCUCAGACUCAGAGCAGACAACUCUCCUGACACUGAAUCCGCCGAGUCUUCUACCGAUUCUGCUCCCUAUUCAUCCAAUAUAGACGACAAGACGUUCAGGGAGACUUACCUUUGGCCAUGGUACGACAUCAUCAAGGGUAUGUUGCUUGCAAUGGCAAUUGAGUCUUACGCUAACAAACCGCANGCUGGUACUGGUGCUGUAAUGUGUGCAAUGACUGAAGUCAACGGUUCUGCGGCUUGCGAAGAUAAGUCUCUUCUUAUGAAUACACUCAAAACUGAUCUUGGCUUCCCGGGCUUCGUGUUUCCUGAUACCAUGGCUCAAAAGACGGCGUAUGGUUCCAUUGUGGGUGGGCUAGACUAUGGGUCCAGUAGCACUUGGUCAGCAUCANNAACCGUCAAAGCCUUCCUCAACAACGGCUCUCUCACUGAGACUCGUCUGAACGACAUGGUCAUUCGCAAUGUGAUCGCCUACUACAAAGCCAAUCUGGAUAACGGAGAGCAACCAUCAAAGGCAGGAAUCAUUCGGGAAAACGGUGCCAAGUCAAUCGUCCUUCUCAAGAACCAAGGUGGUCUCCCCCUCCACAAGCCUAGAAGAUUGACACUCUUCGGUGCCAACGCCGGACCGGUGAUGGGUGGACCGAACAUGCAGUUCACAGUCCAAGGUUCUGGACCUACCUACGAUGGCCAUCUUGCCAGCGACUCCGGCUCUGCUCAAUCUUCGUUGCCCUAUCUCAUCACUCCUGAGGCGGCUAUCACGUUGAGAGCAAGCAAGGAGCAUACUAACGUCAAAUGGAUUCUGAACGACACUUAUACUGCAAGCAGCUCUGGCAACACUCUGGUCACUCUAUCCUCAUCGGAGACCGCUGUCGAUGCCUCUUACGCAGGCUAUGCAGCUGCCAGCGAUGCUUGUCUUGUCUUCAUCAAUGCUCUGUCAGGUGAAGGUGCCGAUCGUACUGAGCUUUACAACAAUGAUCAAGACAUGAUGGUAAAUACUGUGGCUGCCAAUUGCAACAACACCAUCGUCGUCAUCACCACAACUGGAAUCCGUCUGGUAGACCAAUGGAUUGAAAAUGAGAACGUCACCGCCGUACUUUACUCUGGUCCGCUUGGACAAGAAAGUGGUAACUCUGUCACUGAUGUACUCUACGGCGAGGUGAAUCCGUCGGGUAGGCUCAUACACACGAUUGCAAAGAAUGAAAGCGACUACAAUGUGGAUAUUUGCUACACCAAAAACUGCACAUAUUCCGAGGGCAACUAUAUCGACUACAAGUAUUUCGAGCACAGCAACACCACUGCUCGAUAUGGAUUUGGCCAUGGUCUAUCGUACACCUCUUUUGACUAUACUGAUCUCAAAACCACCCGGAUCAUGUCCAAUCUUUCAUACCACUCGAAGGGACCCCUUGAGAUUGGAGGUCGUGCGGACUUGUUCGAAGUUGUUGCAGAGAAUAAUGGUUCGCGUGAAGGCGCCGAGAUUCCACAACUUUAUAUCGGCUACCCAGAGGACUCCGAAGCAGACCAGCCCAUCAAAGCUCUCCGUGGCUUCGAACGUAUUGAACUCAAGAGGGAUGAACACGGCCAAGUGAAAUUCUCACUGCGUCGUAGAGAUCUUUCUUUCUGGGAUGUGACUGCACAAGAGUGGGCUCUGCCGACUGGUGACUUCAAGAUCUACGUUGGCGCUUCUUCGAUGGACAUCCGACAGACAGGUACGCUUGUAAUGUAG